CCGGCGGCUGAGCCGACAGAGCCAGAUCUCGCCUGAGCUGCCAACUGCACGGAGGGGAGAGAGCGGGUGGCGCGCGCUGGGAGACGAGUCACUCGCCGACCCCCGACCUCCCCACUCGGGAGCCUGCCCUCGCCCGGCAGGCAGUCUGGGGAGCCAUUUGGGAGCGGAGGUCGCGGACAGGGUCCGAUGGCCGGACCCUUGCCGGGAGGCAGCCCAACUCCGCGGAUGGGGCUUGACGAAGAUUCAUGGAAUGAAAGUGAGUGGAUAUCAGACAUGUUUUUGAUCUGAAGAAAUAAAACGGUCAGAAAUGACUUCCAACAAAAUAUCUUCUGGAACAAGAAGCUGAAAGGUUUUUAGGAGUAUAUCUCUUGAAAGUUUUUUGUCAUUUUGCUGUUAAUGGAAAUAUUCCAACAACCACACAUGUUCUGAACCUAAGGUUUGGUGCUGUUUUCUUACUGUGUGGAUAUGAAUGAUCAGAAGUCUUCACAGGAAGAAAAGCACAAACUCAGCAGAGCCUCUUCAAAGUUCAAAGAAUCUGCAAGAAGUAUGCAGUCUGAUGACUACUUUGCCAGAAAAUUUAAAGCUCUAAAUAGUAACAUGGGCCCUCCUCUUCCUUUAAGUGCAACUAGCAAAGGUGAAAAUAAUAAUCCUGCUAAUGGUACCCCCGCUGUGCCUAAAAUGGGUGUCCGAGCCAGAGUAUCUGAAUGGCCACCUAAAAAAGAUUGUGUCAAGGAACUAAGCAAAGCUACGUGGGAUAGUCGGCCUCAAACCAGUUAUGAGAGCGUUGGAUCGGUAAACGGUGACCUGAAUGAAGAACAGCAAAAAGAACACCUUGAUAUAGAAUUUGCAGAGUCCAAGUAUACGUUAGGAGACAUUUUUGUCCAUUCUCCACAUAGAGGACUUCACCCAAUAAGGCAAAGAAGCAACAGUGAUGUUACAAUCAGUGAUAUUGAUACUGAGGAUGUACUGGAUCAGAAUGCUAUCAACCCAAAUACAGGAGCAUCGCUUCACAGGGAAUACGGAAGCACUUCAUCAAUUGACCGACAAGGCUUGUCUGGAGAGAAUUUUUUUGCAAUGCUCCGAGGUUACAGAGUGGAAAACUUUGAACAUAAAGCACAUAUGCCAUUUGGAUUUUCUGAUUUUUUUCACUGUGACCCUGGAAUUUCUCCAAGUCUCCAUGCUGCAGCGCAGAUUUCCAGAGGAGAAUUUGUUAGAAUUUCUGGACUGGACUACAUGGAUAGUGCCCUGCUGAUUGGUAGAGAUCGGGAUAAACCUUUCAAAUGGAAGUUGAAGUCUGAAGCUGUAGAAACAUCUCUUUUUAGAAAACUGAGAACUGCUAAAAGUGAACAUGAAACUCUUAAAUUCCCAUCUGAAUUAGAGGAUAAGGGACUUGAGAAGCAUUUGCAUCCUUGGAAUUGUCAGAAAUGUUUUGCACAUUAUGAUGUUCAGAGCAUUUUAUUUAACAUUAAUGAAGCAAUGGUUACCAGAAUAAAUGUGGGGAAAAGAAAAAAUAUAACCACUGGAGCUUCUGCUGCAUCUCAACCCCUAGUGGCAACAGGCCAGAUUGGAAGCUGUGAAUCUCCUUUGGGGAGUAAAGAGGAUCUCAAUUCAAAAGAGAACCUAGAUGCUGAUGAAGGGGAUGGAAAAAGUAAUGACCUAGUACUGAGUUGUUCUUAUUUCCGAAACGAAACUGGUGGGGAAGGUGAUAGGCGGAUUGCGCUCUCUAGAGCGAACUCAACAUCUUUUUCUUCAGGCGAAAGUUGCUCCUUUGAAUCUUCCCUAAGUUCUCACUGCACAAAUGCUGGUGUUUCUGUACUGGAAGUACCUAGAGAGAAUCAGCCAAUUCACAGGGAGAAAGUAAAACGGUAUAUCAUCGAACAUAUUGAUCUUGGUGCAUAUUACUACAGAAAGUUCUUCUAUGGAAGAGAGCAUCAAAACUACUUUGGAACAGAUGAAAAUUUAGGACCAGUAGCAGUCAGCAUCCGAAGGGAGAAGUUUGAAGAUGCAAAGGAGAAAGAAGGUUCACAAUUCAACUACCGUGUAGUAUUCAGAACAAGCGAGCUUACAACUUUGAGAGGAGCAAUUUUAGAAGAUGCUAUUCCAUCGACUGCUAGACAUGGCACAGCACGAGGCCUGCCGCUUAAGGAAGUAUUGGAAUAUGUAAUACCAGAACUGAGCAUUCAGUGCUUGAGGCAAGCUUCCAACUCACCCAGAGUCUCUGAACAGCUGCUUAAACUGGAUGAACAAGGGCUGAGUUUCCAACACAAGAUUGGGAUCCUGUAUUGCAAAGCAGGCCAAAGCACAGAGGAAGAAAUGUAUAACAAUGAGACAGCAGGGCCUGCUUUUGAGGAAUUCUUUGAUCUCCUUGGCCAGAGAGUACGGCUGAAAGGCUUUAAUAAAUACAGAGCUCAACUAGAUAAUAAAACUGAUUCAACUGGAACUCAUUCCCUUUAUACUACCUACAAAGAUUAUGAAAUAAUGUUUCAUGUGUCAACUAUGCUUCCUUAUAUGCCCAGCAAUAGGCAACAGGAAAUAACUACGCCCUGCUUGGUCACUGAUCAGGACAUCCCUCUAGUUUUAGAGCCAACAGGAGAUCCAAACACUAAGCUUCUAAGGAAAAGGCAUAUAGGAAAUGACAUUGUUACCAUUGUCUUCCAAGAGCCUGGAGCACUUCCUUUUACUCCAAAAAAUAUCCGUUCUCAUUUUCAACAUGUAUUUGUCAUUGUUAAAGUCCACAAUCCUUGCACAGAAAACGUGUGCUAUAGUGUUGGCGUUUCAAGAUCAAAAGAUGUACCACCAUUUGGGCCGCCAAUCCCCAAAGGAGUUACUUUCCCCAAAUCAGCAGUCUUCCGGGACUUCCUUUUAGCCAAAGUUAUUAAUGCGGAAAAUGCAGCACACAAAUCAGAAAAAUUUCGGGCCAUGGCCACCAGAACACGACAAGAGUAUCUGAAAGACCUUGCAGAAAAUUUUGUGACUACAGCAACAGUAGACACAUCAGUCAAAUUUAGUUUUAUCACUCUGGGAGCAAAAAAAAAAGAGCGAGUUAAAGCAAGAAAGGAUGCCCACUUAUUCAGUGUUGGAGCAGUGAUAUGGAAUGUUAUGGCACGGGAUUUUGGUCAGUGUCUUGACAUUGAAUGUCUCCUUGGUAUCUCAAAUGAGUUUAUUGUGUUGAUUGAAAAGGAAUCAAAAAAUGUUGUGUUCAACUGCUCCUGUAGAGAUGUCAUUGGAUGGACGUCUGGGUUAAUGAGUGUUAAAAUCUUCUAUGAAAGAGGAGAAUGCGUUCUUCUGUCUGCACUUGAUAACUGUGCUGAUGAUAUCAGAGAAGUGGUUCAAAGACUAGAAAUAGUUACCAGAGGAUGUGAAACAGCAGAAAUGACUCUGAGGAGAAAUGGCUUGGGACAGCUUGGAUUUCAUGUUAAUUUUGAAGGGAUUGUAGCAGAUGUGGAGCCAUUUGGUUAUGCAUGGAAGUCAGGCUUACGUCAAGGCAGUCGACUAGUGGAAAUCUGUAAAGUGGCUGUAGCAACCCUUACUCAUGAACAAAUGAUUGAUCUGCUCCGCACUUCUAUGACUGUAAAGGUGGUGAUUAUUCAGCCACAUGAGGAUGGGUCACCUAGAAGGGGUUGCUCAGAACUUUGUCGAAUCCCCAUGGUGGAAUACAAACUUGAUAGUGAAGGUACCCCUUGUGAAUAUAAAACCCCUUUCAGGAGGAAUACUACUUGGCAUCGGGUGCCAGCUCCUGCUAGCCAGUCUCUCUCUCGUGCCUCUCCAAGCCUAGGAACAUCUGAUAGACUGCAGAGUCAACAGCUUCUGCAGCAGGCACAAACAGCCAUUCCUCGCAGUACUUCAUUUGAUCGAAAGCUGUCAGAUUGUGCAAGAAGCUCGCCAAGCAACCAGUCAUCCUCCAGUGACCCAGGACCAAGUGGGAGUAGUCAGUGGAGGCAUCAAGUGGGAUAUGAUGGGUGCCAGUCCCCGUUACUUCACGAGCAUCAAAGUUCAGGUCCACUCGAAAAUGAAGGAGGCAGAGAACAUGAAGAAUCUUUGGAAGGGGCCAGACAUCUCAGUGAAACCAAGUGGCAUGCACCAUCUACCAAAGUCUUGAGUUCCUAUAAAGACCGGGCUUUACAGAAAGAGAACAAUGGCAAGGAUUCACCAAACAAAUUUUCUCAUAUUGGAGACAAAAACUGUUCCAGCCAUUCCAGCAGCAAUACUCUGUCCAGUAACACAUCUAGCAACAGCGAUGACAAGCAUUUUGGCUCUGGCGACCUAAUGGAUACUGACUUGCUUGGAUUAACUUAUAGCAAAGGAGCUUCCACUGACAGUGGAAUUGAUACUGCUCCCUGUAUGCCUACUCCAAUUUUGGCUCCUUUGCACCUGUCUGGAAGCCGGUCCAGGAUACAUGGUUGUAAUGAUCAGUGGACCGAAUCUUCUGAAACUGCUGGACCUGAUGAUGAACAAACAAAAAUGUAUGCUGUUCACAGCUAUGCGGCUAUUUCUAGCAGUCAUACAGGUGAUGGCAGCAUGGGAGACCUCAGUGAAAUAUCUUCACAUUCCAGUGGGUCACAUCAUUCAGGAAGUCCUUCAGCACAUGGUAUCAAAACCAGUGGAUCUUUAGAUACCUCCAAAGUGUACAUAGUGUCUCAAAAUAGUAGUCAACAGAUCUCUGGCUCAAUAGCAAAACGCUAUCCUAGACAAGGAGCAGUAAGCAAAUAUGUCAUUGGCUGGAAAAAGUCAGAAGGUAGCCCUACACCUAAGGAAUCUGAAUCUUCUGAAUGUCAAGAAUUCUAUAAUGAUGUUGUUAGGCUGUCUUCAAGUCAGCUUCAGGCCUCAGUAAGGAAUUCAGCUCCUGAAAGCCAGCAUGUUUUGUCCAAAGAAGAGUUUCUGAAGCUGAUGUUGCCAGAGAGCAUCUCUGUAGAAGAGGGCAGACGAAAGCUUUCAUUUUAUGGCAACCUAUCACCAAGAAGAACACUCUAUCGCACCCUUUCUGAUGAGAGUAUAUGUAGCAAUCGGAGAGGAUCUUCAUAUGCUAGUUCACGAAGUUCAAUGCUAGACCAAGCCUUACCAAAUGAUAUUUUGUUCAGCACUACCCCACCAUAUCACAGCACCUUACCUCCUAGAACAAGCCUAUCAGCUGAUAUUGGAAACCUACGACAUGAAUUUUGGUUCUCUGAUGGAUCCUUAUCUGACAAGUCAAGAUUCAAUGAUCCUGGCCUGAUGCCCCUUCCUGAUACAGCAACAGGCCUAGACUGGUCUAACUUGGUAGAUGCCGCCCAAGCAUUUGAAGAUUUUGACUCUGACGAAGAACUUGGGCCAGUCUGUCAUCACACUUCGUUUCUAGAUCAAAGAGUAGCAUCUUUUUGCACCAUGAAUGACAUACAGCGUGUGCAGAGUUUGGAAAAUAAUCAAGACUUACCUUUGAGUGCAAGUCCGACUAAUGGAAAAGAUUUCAUUGAUACUACUGGGGAAGAUAGCCCCACCACAUUGACUGGAAAAGUAAACCAGCUGGAAGUGAUCCUCCGACAAUUGCAAACAGAUCUUCGGAAGGAAAAACAAGACAAAGCUGUCCUCCAAGCCGAAGUUCAGCAUUUGAGACAAGAUAACGUGAGACUUCAAGAAGAAUCACAAACAGCAGCUGCUCAACUAAGAAAAUUUACAGAAUGGUUUUUCAAUACUGUUGACAAGAAGUCCUAAUAUCCAAGUGCCUGAAAAGCACUAUUGGAGCCACAUAAUACCAGUAGUUCUGAAUUAGCCUGAGAUCAUUUCACUGUGUUCACAAUCCAUUUUACAUGUUUCUGGUAUAGUCUCUGUCCAGCCAUAUUCAUUAAAACAAGGCUGUGAACCACAAUUAUUUCCAUGUUUAUCUGAAGGAAACCGAAUGAAUGGCAGACAUUUGUGUUUGUGAAGAUGAAUGUACAAUUCCUGGUGUCAUUUUAGACAUUUUAGAAUAUACUUCUAGCUUGGGCUUACCUGGAAAAGAAUUUGUUGUGGUUUAUAUUCUGCCCUUCAGGUACUCCGGGAAAGAUGCUAAAACAAAUUAUGGUCAUUAGGGUUUCAGUAUUAUAAGAUUAAAAAAAACUAGACUCUAAUGUUUAAAGGUGCUCUAUUUUUUUGUAUGUACAGUAGAUUAUUUACAGUCACAUUGUCAUAGCAAUAAGAAAGGAAGUAGAAUUAAAUAGUAACAAAACUGUGUUUAUAAAAAUUAGCACUGAUGAUUUAACUUUAGCGUGAAUGCGAAAACAUUAGGGAUUAUUUAUUUGCAAGAAAAAUGGUGCCUGAAUUUAACCAGUGUUCUGAUUUUUUCUAAAGAAACAUGUCUUGUACAUAGCUCACUUGAUCUGCUUACUCAAACUUCAGUUACCUUUGUAUAGUUCAUGUUCAGCUAAGGUGGUUAUCGAGAGCUUAACUAUUAAAUCGAGGAUGGUGUGAGCCAGUCAAACAUUUGUAUAAUUCAAGAUUCAUUUAUCUUUGUACAGAACCUUGGAGAAAGUGACUUGUAUUUAACAUCUUUAUUUAAGCAUAUUUAACCUGUUAAUUUUAUAAAAGCUUUUGUUUUAUCUGCACUAUGGUGAGGACAGUGGGUUGCAAGCUAUGGUGUGUUUUUAGCUUGCCAAAAACUGCACUGCAGAGUUCUAGAAAAGUCUAACAAUUGAAUGCUGCUAGUACACAAUCUGUGUUUGUAUGCUUUAACAUUUUAACUGUUUUAUUUGAAAUGAACAUACAUUUUGCUUUUUUAAUAAAUGUUAAAAUAUCAACCACAA